AUGGCAAAAUGGUAUAGCUUAGUAUUAGUAAUUAAGCUUGUGCUUAAUCUAGCAAUUCUAACUCUAGCCAAAAGUUACACUAGCAAUAAUUUUCAGGCAUUCUACUACAUUCAGCAGUGGUUGCCAUCAUACUGUGACCAAAAAGGGACAACGUGUUGUUACCCACCAACAGGAAAGGGCGAGAAAGGUUUUACAGUUUAUGGGCUUUGGCCUUAUCAGAGUGAUGGUAGCUCCCUUCAAUCCUGUCCCGGUGCAAGUUUUGAUGAGGGUCUGCUUAAACCCAUAGAGAAGUUGCUGCAAAAGGAAUGGCCAUCAUAUACAUGCCCGCAAAUCGGAAGAAAAUUCUGGGUCCAUGAAUGGAACAAGCAUGGAACAUGCUCAAAACCUGUCCUAGAUGAAAUGUCAUAUUUUCAAGCUGCUCUAAACCUCAAGAACAAGGUGAAAAUCAUCCAAGCUCUCGCAAAAGCCGGGAUCCAACCCGAUGGCCGAUUUUACCCUCUUGAGAGCAUAAGGACGGCGAUCACUACGGCGACGGGGGGAUUCCGGCCAACAAUAUUCUGUAACCAUGAUGCUCAAGGAAACACUCAGAUUUGGCAAGUUGUACAUUGUGUUGAUCAAAAAGGGAUUAAUCUCAUCAACUGCACCAAUGCUCCUAAGGAGCUAGCAAAUUGUGCCCCUUCCAUCAAGUUUCCUUCUUACUAG